AUGUCGACGCUCACGACCGCGACAUCCGCGUUCGUCACGGGUCGACGUGUGACCUCCGGCGCUCGCGCGACGACCGCGACCAGGCUCGUUCGCCCCGCGCCGCCGCGCGGACCCUUACGCGUGGAGGCCAUGGGUUUUGGCGAUAGGAAGAAGAAGGUUCCAAAGGUCGACGAAUCAAUGGGGGGUGCCGUGGGGGGUGCGGUCCUCGGCGGCCUCCUGCUCGGUCCAUUCGGGGCGAUCAUCGGCGGGAAUAUGGGCGCAAACUUCGGCGCGGGUAAGAAGGCUGCGCGCAUGGAAGACGAGGCGCUCCGCAAGCAGGGCAUUAGCAAAGAGAUGGUCCAGAUGGUCACGGAGGUGGCGCAGUCGCUGGCCAACGCGGAGGAUGCCUUGAAGACAGCCAAGGAGUCCCUCAAGUUUGAGCUCGAGGAUACACUGAGCCUCGAAGCGGAGGCGAACGAACUUUACAACAUGGCAUCCGCCGCGGUUCAGUCCGGAGACGACGACACCGCCAGGAAACACCUCACCGAGCGGAAGCGCGUGGAAGCGAAGAUGGAGGAUGCCAAGCGACGAGCCGCCGAGGCCAAAGGGAGAGUGCAGAGGGUAGAACAGAGCGUGGAAUCCCUGGCGUCGCAGGCAAAGAAGCUGGAGAGCGUUUUAAAGGAGAACAUGGCCAACGCGGCGGAGCUCAACGCGAGGGAGGCGGCGGCCAAGUUCCAGGACGCUAUGGCGCCUUCUGUGACCGAACUCGAGCUGGACGACCCGCUGGAGAGGAAGUUCCGGGAGCUGGAGGGCCGGUGA